AUGGAUACAAUCGAAGAUGACAUGACUAUCUCAACUGACGUGAAGCAACAUCUCCUCCGGUCCUUUCACGAAAGCAUGCUGGUCGCCGGCUGGUCGUUUACGGGGAGUGGCCCAAACGAGAAGAUGCGCCAGAUGCUCGUCGAGUUCCAUGUGAUUCACGCAGAACUUCUUCUGCUAGAAGAGUCUCAUCUGGAAAUCAUUGUCGAUAUCACACGUAAGAUGGGCAAUGGCAUGGCCGAUUAUUCCCGGCGUGCUGCCGUCACUGGCCAACUCUGCAUUGAAUCCAUCAUCGAUUUCGACUUAUACUGUCAUUAUGCUGCCGGACUCGUGGGUGAGGGUUUGACUCGGAUGUUCGCCCAGCCCGGUAAGGACCAGCCAUUGCCCGCCGAGCUGCUUGCGCUCGCGAAUUCUGCGGGCUUGUUCGUGCAGAAGGUUGACAUCAUUCGUGACUUCCGCGAGGAUAUCGAAGAACAACGAUGCUUUUGGCCCAAAGAGAUAUGGGGACGAGAGGUGUAUGGGAUAGCUCUUGGACGACCUGCAUUUACCAGGAUGGAGGAGAUGUAUCAACCCGAGAACGAACAUCAGGCGCUGUGGGCACUCAGUGGUAUGAUUGUUGAUGCCCUGAAGCACGUACUGGAUAUCCUGGACUAUAUCCAUCUCGUGCAGCAGACGCAAAUGUUCGAGUUCUUUGCGCUACCACAGAUUAUAUCCAUAGCCAGACUCAACCGUUGCUAUAUGAACAGCACAAUCUUUCACGGAGAGACAGACAUCGGGCGUGUAGAAACCGCAUUUCUCGUGGCACAAUCUUCGAGUUCCUCAGCAGUCGUACAUGUCUUUCGUAAGUAUGUACGCGAGCUCCGCAACAAAAUUGUGCCUGAGGAUCCGAACUAUGUGGAUCUUCUCGUGGCUUGUGUGAAGAUUGAAUUACGGAUUGAACGACACUGCUCGAAUGUGGUGUCAGGCCACGAUGGAGGAAAUACACCUAUUUCAGGACCAGAUCCCUGCGCUACGCCGGGCCAACUUGCGUACAAACAUGUACCGGAUGAAGACUUGGAGGCGCGUGCUCGGAAUAUCGUUGCGAGUGGCAGGGCGAGAAGUGCUUCGUGGAUCAACCAGUUCGCUCAGACACUUAGUUUGACGCACAAUACGUUGCUCGUUUUCUUGGGUCUAUUGGGAACAUUUCUACUCUAUAAGUAUCGGGUAUAG